GACAGCUGAGGUAACAUAUAUUUCGCUUCCUUGUUUGUAGUUUCGCUUUUGUUUCUGGAUCAGAUGUCGUGAGCUCAGGCUCAGUCAGGACUUAUAAUCAUAAGACAGUCUUCAUCAUAAUCAGUCCUGUCCCGAACAGCCGCAAACAUGUACGAGCUGGAAAAGGAGAAUUUGCGGCGCUUGAGCGAUUAUAUCGCGAAGAUUUUACGACCGUCACUUAUCAAAACCUUCAUGACGACGCACUUUGAUAAAGAGAUGGUGGAAAGGAUUCUCUCAGCCGAGGAGACGUCUGUGACCACCGCUGCCCAGAUGUUGCUGGACCAGAUGUGUUAUCUAGAGGAAGAGGGCUGGUUUCAGGCCUUUCUGGACACCCUGUUCGCCUCAGAAUAUACCGGUCUGUACAAGGCCAUUAAGGAGUGGGACUUCGGCCAGUUAGAGGAACUGAAUGAGUACCGGAAGCUUCUGGAGAGAAUCGAACCAUCGAUCACCAAGCUCAUAAAGCCCAGCGAGCUGCUCACGCACAUGAACGACUGUCUCAAGCCCAGAGAGUGUGAAGAGAUCAAAGCGGUGGAAAUCCAGAAAGGUCGUAUCGCUGCCAGUGAGAGACUCGUGGACACUCUCCUGCGCUCGGACAAACCGAACUGGUUUAAGGUGCUGAAGAUGGCGCUGGACGCCUGCAGCUGCGAUCAGGCACUGGAGCUGCUGGAGUCCAAUGGAGGCGGUACAGCCUCAAUGGGCUGCGUAUCUGAUGAGGAGGCAGAUUCCAUGACGACAGAAACCGUGACGACAGUGAGUUUUGAGUUCAGAGAGGAGGCUGAGAGUGAAGACAUGCUGAUGAACGCCAACAACAUGACUGUCACAGAGACACCCAGCGGGUUCAAAGGGGAAUACGUGCGUUCAGGCGAGCGUAAGCUGAGGGAGUAUCAGAAGGAGCUGACGGACGCUGCUGAGGGGCAAAACACCAUCAUCUGCGCCCCUACAGGAUGUGGAAAAACGAUUGUGGCCGUGGCCAUCUGUGAACACCACCUGAAAAAGUGUCCCGGACAGGCAAAGAUCGUGUUCUUGGCAACCAAGGUCGACGUCUAUGAACAACAGUACAAGCUUUUCAAGGAACACUUUUCUAUUACUGAUCCCAACAUCAGGGUGACAGGUAUGUGCGGUGAUAUGGAGCUGUCGGUGCGGCUGCUGAUAGAGAGUCAUGAUAUCGUGGUUAUGACGGCCCAGAUCCUGGUGAACGCGCUUCAGAGCGGAGAAGUGCCGUCACUGGACCUGCUGUCACUCAUCCUGCUGGACGAGUGUCACAACACCACCGGGAAACACCCGUACAACAACAUCAUGACCCGCUACCUGGACACCAAACUCAGCUCCAGCACACACUCUCUCCCUCAGAUCGUGGGCCUGACGGCGUCGGUUGGCAUCGGUUCGUUCAAGGACAGAACGGAGGCAGAGAACAAUAUCUUACAGCUCUGUGCCAACCUGGACACCAGGGUCAUCGCCACGGUUACCAAACACCUGGAUGAGCUCAGGACGUACGUGCACACACCUGAUAAAGACUUUUUUGAGGUUCCUCAGCGCAUGUGUGAUCCGUUCAUCAGAAUCAUCAGGAACAUCAUGAGUAACAUCGAGCAGCUGGCGCAGAACACCUACAACAUCGAGAGCCUGUCGAACAUCCAGAACCGCGAGUACGGCUCUCAGAAAUACGAGCAGUGGAUCGUCUCGGUUCAGAAGAGCUGCAGAGUCAUAGCCAUGAAGAACUCAGACGAGGAGAGACGAAUCUGCAGAGAUCUCUGCAACUACACUGAACACCUGCGGAAAUAUAACGAUGCUCUGAUCAUUAAUGAAGACGCUCGGACUAAAGAUUCCCUCGAUUUCCUGGACGGGUUUUUUGAGCAGGUCCGGAACGCCGGCUUCGACGAGACCGAGAGGAAACUCACCGCGCUCUACGACAGUCAGCGCCCGCAGUUGCUGGUUUUGGCCACUGAGGGGCAGCAGAACCCCAAACUAGAGGAGCUGAGGUUCAUCCUGGAGGAAGAAUAUCACAACAACGAUCAGACGCGCACCGUCCUGUUCGUCAGGACCCGAGCCCUCGCCGACGCCAUGAAGAAAUGGAUUGAUGACACAGAUUCCCUGAAGUUCCUGAUGCCUGGAGUCCUGAUAGGAAAAGGACGAAAAUCCAACUUUCCCGGCUCAGUGAUGACUCCGACCAAUAAGAAGGGUGUUUUGGACUCGUUCAAGAGCUCAGAUCAGAGUAAGAUACUCAUCGCCACGUCAGUCGCUGAUGAAGGCAUCGAUAUCCCACAAUGCAACCUGGUUCUGAUGUACGAGUACGUGGGUAACGUGGUGAAGAUGGUGCAAGUUCGAGGUCGCGGUCGUGCGCAGGGCAGUCGGUGUUUCCUGAUCUCCAGUAAUAAGGAUCGCAUUAUGAAGGAGAAAAUAAACAUGUUUAAGGAGAAAAUCGUGGAGGAGGCGAUCGUGGAACUGCAGAGCCUCCAUGAUCUCAGUUACAAGGUGGACAGGUUGCAGAGAGAAGAUAAGGCCCGGAGGGAUCACGUCAGCGCCAGUCCCGAAAAACCCAAAAAUCAAGGCAGUUACCGGCUCCUCUGCGGGAAGUGCAAGAAGUUUGCAUGCUUGAGUGACGACCUCAGAGUCGUGCAGGAGUCUCAUCACAUCGCUCUGGAUCGCUCCAUGUUCGAGCGCUUUACAACUUUUCCUCAUAAGAAACCAAAAACCUUCUGUGGCUUUAGCAAGAACAAGAAGAUGCUCUGUGGCGACUGCAAACACGACUGGGGCCUCAUCGCCUCUUACCUCACCAUCCAGGACCUGCCGCUGUUGAAGAUCGAGAGUUUCGUGGUGCAGGAUCGUGUCACUCAAGAGCAGUUUUACUUCAGGAAAUGGCGUGAAGUGACGUUUGCCAUCCGAGAGUUCGACAUGAAGGAGAUCACGCCUCAAACAUGGCCGCUGAGAGACUGAGGACGGCAAACAACACAUUCUAAGCUUAAAUACUUCUUAUCUCACUCCAAAUUUUAA